AGGGAUUGGUGCUUCGACAGGGUGCGGGGCGGGCCUUACAGGGCGGUGCCCGGGCUGCUGAGGAGGAAGAUGGCGCCGUGAGGGGGGUCCCAGCCGCUGCCGCCUCCGCUUCCCAGCCGAUUCAGAAAACAGUAUGGCUGCUACUGCUGCUGUCAGCCCCAGUGAGUAUUUGCAGCCUGCUGCUUCGACAGCCCAGGAUUCUCAGCCAUCUCCGCUAGCCCUGCUUGCUGCCACAUGUAGCAAAAUUGGCCCUCCAGCUGUGGAAGCAGCUGUAGCCUCUCCUGCUCCUCCUCAGCCUGCCCCUCGAAAGCUCGUCCCCAUCAAACCCGCUCCCCUCCCACUGAGUUCCAACAAGAACAGCAUCGGGAUCUUGUCAUCAAAAGGGAACCUCUUCCAGAUCCAGGGCUCCCAGUUGGGGACAUCCUAUCCUGGUGGGCAACUUGUGUUUACUAUCCAGAAUCCAACUGUGAUCAACAAAGGGGCUCGCUCACCUGCCAACAUCCAGUACCAGGCAGUUCCACAGAUCCAGACAACAUCGGGGCAGACCAUCCAAGUACAGCAGAACUUGGCCAACCAAAUACAGAUUAUUCCCAGUACCAUCACGUCUUCCCCCUCUUCCUCCUCCUCUUCCUCCUCCGCUCAUAAGCCCGUGCCAAUCAAGCCAGCACCCGCUCACAAGACCCCACCAGCAUCUGUCCACAACGCAAGCAACGUUGUCAAGUUAACUGGCACCAGUGGUAACGUCACACUCACUCUUCCUGUGAGUAACCUGGUGAGCGCCGGGGACGCCGGAGCCCAGACUCAGAUCGUCCCGGAGAGCCCCUCAAAACCGAGCAAGAAAUCCCGGAAGAAAGCGAUGUCGCCGGCUCAGACGACUGCCAUGGCUGUGGCGGAGCAAGUGGAGACGGUCUUGAUAGAGACCACGGCAGAUAACAUCAUUCAGGCGGGGAACAACCUGUUGAUCGUGCAGAGUCCCGGCUCUGGCCAGCCAGCAGUGGUCCAGCAAGUCCAAGUGGUCCAACCCAAGCAAGAGCCGCAGGUCGUUCAGAUCCCGCAGCAAGCUCUGCGGGUGGUCCAGGCAGCCUCGGCCACAUUGCCUACAGUCCCCCAGAAGUCACCACAGAACUUCCAGAUCCAGACCACUGAGCCAACUCCCACUCAGGUCUAUUUCAAGACUCCCUCUGGUGAGCUACAGUCAGUGCUGCUCCAAGAAGCCCCAGCUGUUACAGUGGCCCCUUCCCCCACUGCCUCCUCCGCCACAUCCUGCAGCAGUCCCAUCCCCCGUGUCUCCCAGGCAGGAGGAAGUACCAAAAAGACGGGGGCUCGCAAGGAGCGUGCCCUGCCAAAGAUCGCCCCUGCCGGAGGCAUCAUCAGCCUCAAUGCGGCUCAGCUUGCCGCCGCUGCUCAGGCCAUGCAGACCAUCAGCAUCAAUGGGGUGCAAGUUCAGGGCGUCCCUGUCACCAUCACCAACACCGGAGGCCAGCAGCAGCUGACGGUGCAAAACGUUUCCGGCAACAACCUGACCAUAAGCGGCCUGAGCCCCACCCAGAUCCAGCUACAGAUGGAGCAGGCACUUUCGGGGGACCUGCAGCCUGGGGAGAAGAGACGGCGGAUGGCGUGCACCUGCCCUAACUGCAAGGAUGGGGAAAAAAGGUUGGGGGAUCAGGGUAAGAAGAGGCACAUUUGCCAUGUGCCCGAAUGUGGGAAGACCUUCCGCAAGACCUCUCUGCUGCGGGCCCACGUGCGCCUGCACACAGGAGAGCGUCCGUUCAUUUGCAACUGGGUCUUCUGCGGGAAGCGGUUCACACGCAGCGAUGAACUGCAGCGGCAUGCCCGGACACACACAGGUGACAAGCGUUUUGAGUGUGCCCAGUGCCAAAAGCGGUUCAUUAGAAGUGACCACCUGACGAAGCACUAUAAAACCCACCUGGUCACCAAGAACUUGUAGGGCUGGAUGCAACCAGAAGAUACGGGGGAGCCAUCCCAGGGGUUUUGGUGACCCUGUUGCUACGAGGGGUCAAAGGACAGGGGGGAAAAAAAACACCCCAAGUUACACUCCUGAUCGGGGACGUCAGCUUUCCCAGUCGUCUCUUGACAGGAAAAGGGAGUAAAGGCCACUGUGUCCCAAGGUCCAUCGCUGGCCUCUGCCUCCCGAAGCGCUCCUUGGAACCCUUUCAGAAGGUGCACUGGACAGCGUGGUGUCAGGCUGGGAUGUGGAGAAGGAGCAACAUCACUUCCAAACAAAUUGGCUGAAAUCAGCACAAAGUCCAGGAGCGGGCAGGAAAGAGAUGGGGGGGGGGGGCGGCAGUAGCAAGGCAGAGCCCCCCGGCCCAGCAAUCCUUGGGAGCCCACAAAAUAAUUUUUUUACUCCAUUGCACCAAAGGGCCUCCGUAUGUAAGUGAUAGUAAAACCAGCUGCACCCCUCCCUUGUAGUCCCAGCUCCUCCUCCCCACCCCCACGUGCUUGUGAAGCUUUUUAAUGGGGGAUAGGGAUGCUGCCUGAAAAUGGGGACUCACUGCAUCUUUCCCCCCCCAGCACAUUCCUACUUUAUAUUUAAAAUUAUAAAUAUCUAUAAAUAUCUAUAUCUAUAUAUUACAAAAAGCCUCCUUAGGAAGCCCCGUGUUUUUUCUACAGAGAACGUUGCCUUACAUUCUUCCUCCCUUCCCACCCAGUUUCCAGAUUAUGUAUUGCGGACAGGUUUGUUGUUUUUCUUAAAAAAAAUAAUUAAUUUCCUUAACGAAAGAAACAGAGCCUUGCUUGAAUUGAAUGGCGCAAGUGCAAUCCAAAGCCCUUUCAUCGUUACCAAACGCGGGACCCAGACAGUUCCAUUUACUGGUCUGUGAAUCAGAGCCUUCUCUGUGCACAUAGCAGGGUUUUGGAUGUUUUCCCCCCAGGGGUGUAUGCAUGGGAGCAGCCUUUUGCUCAUGGAGGAGAGUGGGAGGAAGCCCCUGUGCAAAAGGGAACUCCUCUUGCGUAGGACAGUUCUAUGGCCUAGCGAAAGAAUCCCAGCUGUGUUAGAAGGUACCUCCAAGGCACACAGAGGGGAGGGGGAAUCUCUGGAGCACGAUAGCAUGUGAUUCUGCACUGCUGGGGUGGGCAGCUUUUGCCCAACUGGUUCUGCAGAUCUGCACGUAGAAAGAGAAUGCUGCGAUCCAGUGCCACCUGGUUUCCACGUACUGAAACAUAGGCAUUCUCUCUCCUGACGAUCUCUUUAUUGGUUUUUGUUGCCCCUCCCCCCUUUUAGAAACAGUCUCCCGGUAACAGCCCCUUUUCUCUGUAUUAUAGUGUAUAUUGUAUCAUAGACUAUAUAUUGCAUUGUGUUUCCUACAUGUUUCAAAAACAUACGGCUUGUUAUUUUUGAGCUUUUAAAUUAAAACAAAAAAUCCACUUUAUUUUUUAGUUGUAAUUGCUUGAAGUAUGUUGUUUUUCUUUGAAUAAGUGUCAAAUCCUUGUUAUUUUUUUAUUAACGAUGUAACUUGGCCAGCCAAUGUGAGAGGCUAGCCUAGGGGAGAAACAAUCACAUUUCUUGAUUAAAUAAAUUUAGUUGUCAAAAGCAAA